ACAACACGAAUAUAUUACAGAAAGUACAAGGAAACCCCACUGACUUUUCUUUUCCACUUCCUUAAUAUCGUCGAAUCACUAAUAGCAGAGAUCAUCUUCAAGGCGUUAAAGACAUUAAAUAGAUCGUGAUGGUGAAAGCAUACACACAAGAUCAUGUUUACAAGCACCCAUGGGAGCGGGUAACUUCUGCAUCUUGGCGCAAGUUUGCUGACCCUGAGAACAAGCGUACGUUGUCCCAUAUACUUGAAGUGGAUACGCUGAGCCACAAGCUCGAUUCUCUCUCCGGGAAGCUUUACACAACUCGUGCCCUUACUAUACAUGCCCCAGGACCAUGGUUUUUACGCAAAAUUGUUGGUCAAGAUAUCUGUCACUGUGUUGAAUCUACAGUUGUGGAUGCUCAAUCAAAGUCAAUGCAACUCACAACCCGCAACAUUAGUCUCCAAAAGUUCAUAGAAGUAGAGGAAAAGAUCAGAUAUGAACCCCACCCAGAAAAUCCAACUGGGUGGACUGUGUGCCAACAGGAGACUAGUAUUCGCAUUAAACCAUUAUCAGCACUGGCAUCAAUGGCAGAAAAGGUGGAGCAACGAUGUGCUGAAAGGUUCAUGCAGAAUAGUGUUAAGGGUAGAGAAGUUAUGGAGAGGAUAUGCAAAUAUCUUGAAGCAGAAUCUGGUGGAAUUGCUUCUAAUUUUCACUGAUAGAGUUAAUUUCUGUCUUUUAGCAUGCUUUCUCAUUGGACUUUCGAGCUCUAUGAGAGUAGAGAAUAACUUACAAUGUGAGAAUGUAAAACUAAUGCAUGUUUUACCCACUGAAUCUCCUUUCAAGAGUUUGAUACAAAUUUUGACCUAGUUCAAUUGAAAUUUUGGAACAUAAUGUUGCAAUGUUCUUGUUGUUAAGCUAAAGACUGAGCUUUGUAUUGCUUUCAUGGAUUUUGCUGAGAAGAUAUGUUGGUAAAUUUGUUCCAACACUAGAAACAUAUAAUAGGGUGUGUUGUCGCACCGUAUUGGACUGGAUUAACUUCAUGGGAUUAGAU